AUGGAUCCUGCCGCGGAGAAGUCGACCAAUGCUCAAGAGGUCGAGGCUGUCGACCACGAGACCGGAGUACACAAAGGGGGUGUGACUACCCUCGCGGCUGACGACUUGGACGUCGGAGCCAGUAUCGUGCAGGCUCAAGAAGAUACCCACUAUACCGAGGAAGGUGAGGAUGUCCGAGACUCAGGCCCCUGCCAAAACGAAAAAGACUGUACUGAUGGCAUUGGCCUCCCUUUAGAAAAAUCCAUUGUCUUGAGAAAGAUCGACUGGCGCAUCAUCCCGCUGGCAGCUUGGGCUUGUGGUCUUCAAUUUGUCGACAAGUCUGGACUGGGAGCAGCAGCAACAUAUGGUCUGCGUGAAGAUCUAGGCCUCAAGGGCCAAGAGUAUUCAUGGUGUGUUUCGAUCUUCUACUUUGGCUAUCUGGCUGGCUCCUUCGUCUCCGGACGCGGCCUCCAGUACUUCCAUGCGGGAAAAUUCAUUGGCUGUGCAUAUUUCAUCUGGGGUGGCACCCUGCUGGGAUGUAUUGGGGCGCAGAACUAUGCCACGCUGCUAGCCCUCCGCUUUUUCCUAGGGGUGUUUGAGUCGUCCUUGGUUCCUGGCCUCCUCCUCAUGUGA